GGUGAAAUAACACACCUCUCUUCAACAAUCCUGUGGAAAUCACGUGUACAGGUAGACAGAGAAAGAGAGAGAAUAAAAGUGCUGGACCUUGUAACUAACAACAGACUGGGUCAGGGACAUCCAUAAAGAGCAUGGAGACUGACGCAGAGGAACCAGGUUGGCACGGACCCGAUCGCACGACGUCUGCAUGGAACUCCUCUUUAACACUUUCCAGUGAGAACAGUGGACUGAACGGUUCGUGUGGUAGCGAAUCGUAUUUCUGCCUGCCUCAGAACAGUACAGAAGGGACCACUAAUGGCUCAAAUGUGAUCAGGGACGAGAAACUGGCACAGGCGGAGAUUGGCAUCCUGAGCGUGAUCCUGGUGCUCGCCACGCUGAGCAACAGCUUUGUGCUCUGGGUUCUACUGCGGCGGCGCAAGAACAAAGCUCCCAUGCACCUUUUCAUGGUUAAUCUCUGCGUGUCUGACUUGGUGGUGGCCUUCUUUCAGAUUCUCCCUCAGCUGGUGUGGGACAUUACGGAUAAGUUCCAGGGGCCUGACGUGCUGUGUCGCUCAGUGAAAUACUUGCAGAUCGUGGGCAUGUUCGCAUCGUCUUACAUGAUAGUGGCCAUGACAGUGGAUCGCCAUUACGCCAUAUGCUACCCUUUUCAGGCGCACAAAUUAGGGGCAAUCUCACGGUGGAAUCCAUCCAUCAUUGUGGCAUGGGUUCUGUCUCUUGUGCUUAGCAUACCACAGGUGUUCAUUUUCUCCAAGUCUUUAGACAAAAGAGGGGUUUUGAAUUGUUGGGCAACCUUUAUUAUGCCAUGGGGUCUGAAAGCCUAUGUGACAUGGAUGACCCUGGCUGUCUUCAUCCUUCCUAUCUUGAUUAUCACAGUGUGCCAGGUACGAAUUUUCAGAGAGAUCCAUAAGAGCAUAUACCUGAAGUCGAGGCGCGUGUCAGCUGACUCGAAGAAAAGUUUUGUCAUCUUCCGCACUCCCAGCCUGCGUAAUCAGAAGGACAAAAUUAGAGAAGGGGAGAAAAAAAAAGGAUCCACGUUGAAGGAUUCCCUUAGAGGAUUCCAUCGAAAAAACAACAGCGACUCGUCCCAGUCAUACUGCAAUGCCCGCAACUCCCAGCAUGCACCACAGUCAGACUGUUGUGACUGUCCGCUCCAGGAGAGCCAAGGUGGAAACGAGCUCCAAUACGCCACACAAUCCCCUGAUAUACUGCCCCACACACUCUCCCACACACACUCUCCCAAAAAUCAGAACAACUCAUCAGCUCUUCUGAGCUCUGGUCCUCAUCUUGAAGAUGCUGAUGAUUGUUAUCAGACUACCCCGGAUAACACCGAGUCCUUAAAUAAGUCAUUUGGGGCCCCUAUGGAGAACUGCAAACCAGUCCAUCCUGUCCGGGUUUCAUCGUCUAUUUCAUGCCCUGUGAAUCCUCCACCACCAGGAAUAUCCAGAGCGUUGUACAAAACACUGAAGAUGACUCUGGUCAUAGUGCUGGUUUAUACCAUGUGCUGGUCACCCUUCUUCACUGUGGAGCUCUGGGCCGCUUGGGCUCCGGACCCACCUAGUAAUGGGGCGGCCUUCACUAUUCUGAUGCUGCUGGCCAGCUUGAACUCCUGCACGAAUCCUUGGAUCUACACAGCCUUUUCCAGCAGCGUCUCUCAUGAAUUUGCCUCCCUUUUGCAUUGCCGGACUCGAAGCCCUCGCAGGGGCUCUCUACCGGAAGACUCCAGUGGCAUAAACACCACCAGCACCACCAAGGACUAUUGAACAGAUUUACAAUGUACAAGAGUCAUGCAGCACACAAAAGAUGAGAUACAGGAAACAAUGAGAGAUUUGUUGCUGGGACAUAUUGUGCAUAGUGUAGCUGAAGCAACUCAAGGAAUUGCAAUGAGCACAUUGUGGAAUAAACCACAAAUAAGACAUGAACAUGAACUGAAGAACAUGGGCAUGAUGUAGACAAAAACAUGGAGAUACUUGAAAGGUUUCAAUCUAAACUUAUGAAGAGCAAAUAGUUACUCCUCUAACACUAAGCUGCAAACGUAUACCGUAUAUAGAACAUAUUUUUAUCAAAUUUUAUGAACGCUUGAGUCAAGAACAUGUGAAGGAUGCUUAAGAACUCUUAAGGGGGGAACGCCCGCCUAAGCCUGCGUCCCAGACAUUCCCUAGUAUCAUUUAUCACUCUGUUGUUAUUCCUUAUCAGUCUUUCUGCUACAAAAGUCUCAGUUCUGACUUUGAUGGAAAGCAUGAGCGAAAAGAAUGAGUCAUGCAUGGAAACUCCAUCAAGAAGACAACUUCAAAACUGUGAGAAGGUGAUGGCACUGAACGGUGCACAAAUGUGAAAAACAGGAAACAAAUCUACGGAAUAUGGAAGGGAAAGGAAAGAAAACAGUAAUAUAGCACACAAGUUAAACAAGAGCACAUACUGAAGACAUCAGGGAUAAUGAGGUUUUAAUCACAGUUUAUUUUACAAAUAUGGCACCAGUUUUGCACAAUUUUAACAAAUGUAGCAUUACAGGAAUCUAUAGCUUGACUGUAGACUGUUCCUUUCAUUUUCUCUUACAUUAACUGUAUAUGAUAUGAUGGACCAACCAGCUUUCAUAAUCUAAAUUAAGCUCAAAGUAAAAGAAAAGAAGAAAAAAAAACGUUCCUUCAAUGUCAUUCCCAAUAUGUGCAAUCACCUCUUUCAGAGAUUCCUCUUUCCCUGGCAGUCAUGUUCUACAGUUUAAUCUGUAUUAUACAACAGUUCCAACUAAGCUACCUGAUUAGACACUUUGUCUCCUUAAUAAUUGCUUCUUUUUUUCCAAAUUACCUCUGAAUCAUCUAUGUUCUUUGAUUUAUGCUUACAAAGCUAACUAGUUCAUAACACAAGGCUGUAUCCCAAAUAGCCGACCAACCCCUGAUCAAGCCAUAUUUGGUUUAUUGGACAAAAGAUUGUACAUCGUAGCACACUAGAUUUCAAUUUAAUGCUAUUUGGUAUUCAAACCCCAGAACCCAAGUAAAAUACAUGGGAUAUAUGGAGAAACUUAUAAGACUUAGAGGACUGUCCACCACCUCCAUAUUUUAUUCUCCUAAACCUUUGGCCAGAUAAUACCAGUAAGAAUUUAAACCUACUUUCAGACUGUUAGACUAACUGCUUCACCAGCUCGCAGUUAGUAAGUUAAUUCACCAGUUGCGGAGAGAUAUACUGUAUGUUGGUGGAGCAAAAUAACUGUUAAAUAAAAAAUUGUAUGAAAGCAAUAUUACACAAAAUCAGGUGCUGUUGUGCUGAAUAUCAGCAUGGCUGCAAUGACUCAGGCCGCAUCCUCUUGCCUAUGACCUAAUUGCAGCCAUGCUGAUAUUUAGCCCAACAGCACUCCUUCAUGUGUAAUAAAUGAUAUUUUUUAAAUAGCACAAAUCUCAUAAUCAAGGCCUAUCAACUGCACAUUAAAUGAGAUUUAAACAGGAGAUUUAAUUUCCCAUGUGUGAAUGGACUUACA